GGGCUGGGCUUAACCGUACAGUAGAUUCCGUUGUUUUGAUGAGAACAGAUACGUUGUUGAGGUAAUCGACGAUUGCAGAAACCUUUACCCGUUUCGGUAAAUUAUUAGGCUAGGUAGCUCGUUAGUUGCUACUUUUCUGAUCGAGUCGCUUAGAAAAAAGCGACUUGAUUUAGCCAAUACGAACCUCUUAGUAAAAUCAGGUCGAAAGGGAUGCCGCUGCAGACAGACUCCGACGGACGCAAACAGUCUCUGGAUUUAAUCUCAUCGCAUUUAAUGGGAAAGAGCAGCAUUUCUAUAAAUUUAAAAAGCCUCAGAAUAACUCAUUCUCGACCGAGUGCUUUUGUAAGAUGCUUAAACUCGAGUACGAUUUAAUAGCUCGGCUGUGAAGUGAAGACAGGAGCGUUAACAGUCAGUAAGCUAACCGCUAACAUUAGCUGGUCAACAACAAAGCGGGAUCGUGAAUCUGCGUCACCAAGGAAGCAGUUAGGUUAAGAAGAGUGUCUGCAGUCGACGGCUUGACUUUUGAACCCGUUUUCCGCCUGUGCUGAAAAUAUUGCUCGAUUUCACAGCGAUGAAACUGUUGGAAAACUCCAGCUUUGAAGCCCUCAGCUCCCGGCUGUGUGUUGAAACAGGAGAGUCUCGCAUCCUUGGCAGGAUUGAGAGCUACUCCUGUAAGAUGGCAGGGGAUGACAAACACAUGUUCAAGCAGUUCUGCCAGGAGGGGGAGCCACACGUCCUGGAGGCCCUCUCUCCCCCUCAGUCCACCAGCGCCACCAGCCCUUCACAGUUGGGGAAGAGCAGUGAGGAUGGGGAGAACCCUCUGAGUGACAAGUGUUGCAGGAAGACUCUUUUCUACCUCAUCACCACGCUCAACGAGUCCUUCAGGCCGGACUAUGACUUCAGCGCGGCGCGGGCCCACGAGUUCAGCCGAGAGCCCAGCCUCAACUGGGUGGCUAACGCAGUAAACAGCAGCUUGUUCUCGGCCGUGGGAGAGGAGUUCAACUCUCUGGGGCCGGAGCUGUGGAACGCCAUCGACCAAGAGAUCAACCUGCAGGGCUGUGACAUUUACAGCUACAACCCUGAUCUGGACUCAGACCCUUUUGGUGAAGAGGGGAGCCUCUGGUCCUUCAACUACUUCUUCUACAACAAGAAACUCAAGAGGAUUGUAUUCUUCACAUGUCGUUCCGUCAGCGUCUUGAGUGGUUAUGGCCGUGAUUGUCUCGACAACGAGCUGAACAUGGAGCUGGACGACGAGGAGGAAAUGGAUGGCUUCACUGAGGACAGGUUCCCCAGAGCUCUGUGUGUGUGAAUAUCCCAGAUGGACACGCCUCGGCCAAAGAAUAUCAAGGCUUUUCCUCCUCUCUUCCCAUUUUUCACGCUGUGUACCAUCUUGUUUUUUGGGAUUUUGCUGCCUCAUCCAAAGCCAUUUUCACACAUUAAACUAACGCAUGUUUGAAGGCUUCUUUUCUGCUGGCUGUGAACUGUGUACCGUGAGGCGGUGGACGUUUUUUAAGACCCUGCGGUAACUUUAAGCUCCUUCAUUCUCCAGUAUGGUUUUUGACCCUAAGCUCCAAGCCCAAACAGCACAUAUAUACACUCACACAUACGGGCUUCUCUACACCUGCCACAUUUCCAAAGAGACCACAUCACAGACGCUUGAAAAGAAGGUCUUGUUAUGGAUGAGUGGCCGACAAAGACUGCGAGCGAGUUGAGUUUCUUGCAAAUGAUGUCAAAAAAGGAGUCCCUUAAACACCAGCAUCAAUGAAAACUGACUGAUUAAAAUGUAUGAUAUUCCAACCUGGGAAGGGGGCUGAGCUGGGCCCAUGAAGAUCCAGUUAGACUGAAUCACUGACCUGCAGAGAACUCAUCUGUUGUUCGUUGUUUGCUAUUUUUGUGUGUUGCUUUUUAUGUGACAGUGACAUUACUGUGAGAAUGUUUUCAGCACUGAGUUUGAAAUCUUAAACGCUGCAUUUAUAACUGAAACUUGUAUCGUUGAAUCUUAUUAAUACAAACGCUCGUCCCUACUUCAGACAGUAAGGCGAAAGGAAACAAUUGGCACCUGGUUUGCAGCUUUUACAGAUGUCCCAUUGUUUUGUUUCAAUCCACUUUUUUCCAGUUCAAUGAUUCAUUUUAUACGUAAUCUAAAUCAAGUAUUUUUUUCACUGUUCCCUAGUCAAAUUUAUUUCUAUAGCACAUUUAAAACAUGAGUUGACCAAAGUGCUUUACAAACAGGCAGAAGAAAAACACCUAUUCCUGGUUCAUUCCCAUUUCUAAAUGUCGGUCUUGCCAGAGAUUUUUCUUUGCUCAUUACCUCCAGUGCAAAGGCUUCAUUGAAAAAUGAAUGUAGAGUACAAUUUUAGAGGGGAAAAUAUUACAGAAAAAUGUCUCUGCAUUAUUUUUUAGAAAUUGAGAAGCGCCUCUUUACGUUCCUCGUGGGUAGGAGUUCUGUGACUUUUCUUGACUGCUCUGUGCUUCGUUUAAUUGGCAGAUAUAUUGCAGAUGUGAAUAAACUUGUGUUCGAAUCUUUG